AUGGUUCAAGAAUUGGAAGUGGAAGAAGAUUCUGAUGAGCAAGAAAAUAUCGAGGAAGAAUCUGAUGGUGAAAUGGAUAAAGAUUUUGUAGAAAUAAUUCAAGAUAUCGAAAGUAUUGAUGAGCAAGAGAUAAUUUAUGAGGAUAGUGAUGAUGAAAAUAGUGAGCAAUGGGAGAAGAGCCAAGAAAAGUAUAAAGAUACGCAGUUUCUGUUGGCAGCAGAGAAUGCCAUGAAGGACAACAAACAAGAACGAGCAAGAAUGCAAGAAGAAAACGAAAGAUUUACAACUGGAGAAAAUGCUAACCAAGAUUAUUUUUGGUCAAAUUAA